CGGACCGUUCCAUCCAGCCUCAGCAGGAAUACAGCGGCGCAUCGGGCAGGAGCAUCGCCGUCGCUUAUCGCAGGAUCCUCCGUCAGUCCUCUGGAAUAACUCGAAGCGUCGGGACGCCGCGGAGUAUAGCGUCGCGGAGACAAGACAGCGUGUCUCGUGAGUAGCGUCGUUCGUGACGUAGCCGUCAUCGGUAUACUGUUGUUUUUCGGGUUUUGAUUUUUUUUGUGGUGAUCUGUUUGGAUGAAAGAGUGCAGAAAGUGUGGACUAUGUUUCUAUUAAUGGAGCAUGUGCGGCAUUAGCAAGUGUCUUUCCGGACAUUCUCCCCGUUGAAGUGAAUGUGUUUUUUGAAUCAGCUGGUGCAAAACAGACAUGAUAUUGUCGACGACAUGAAAUCAAGUCUCUUGGAUCUAGCGAAAUGGAUAAAGCUAACCGUGCUCUUUGUCCUAGUAGCCUCAUCAAUAGGCUGUGCCGAAUCCAGGACCCACACUCGCCAUCCACACAGCGCAAGCGCGCACCGUCGACCAACCAGAGCUGACACUAGGACGAAUUUGAGUUACGAAAAAACCGGCUCAAAUGGGGAGGAAUACACACAAACCUUCGCCAAGCAGAACACCAAAAUCGUGCUAGAUUGUGCCGUCAACAUCAACUUCAGUACCAGUAUAUGGCUGAAGGACGGCCAAAUAGUGCAGACCAUCCUAAAAGACAAUACGAACAAUAAACGAGUGAUCGGUCACCGGUUCUUAGUUGAUGCCAGUGGCAAUUUGUUUAUAGACAACGUCCGAUUAGAAGACGAUGGAAAAUGGCAGUGCGAGGCAGAGGACGCUUUCGGAUUUGUCGUUCAAGGCAAACCAAUCCAGCUAACAGUACUAGAUGCCCCAAAAAAGGCCUAUCUAAUGAUCGACAACAGGAUCCUAGAUCCGGGAAAUCCCUUCAUUCCUGUAAAGGAAAACGCCGAUCUUACAGUGUCCUGCGUUGUCGACGAGGGCAAUCCUAAACCUUCCUUAAGUUGGGAGCUGAGUCUCGGGUCGUUGGCGCUCUUGGACGCUCCGGAAGUACCACUGGAAGUGCUCAAUUUGACAGAAACAGCAGUGGAUCAGAAGGUUGGGGCUAGAAACGAUGCUCACAUGGCCAAAGUGUUGAGGGCUCACCACAACGCAACUUUAACAUGUUUCAUCAGGCACAUAGCUUUAGAACAGCCGUUGAAUGUAUCAGUUUUGCUCAAUGUCCAAUACACGCCAUCUUUCGCCAUAUCCCGCGAACCCGGCUUCGGCUUCCCCAUCAGGGAGGGCAUGCCCGUGUCGCUCAAGUGCGACGUGGACUCCAACCCCAAGGCCAAGCCGGUCUGGCAGAAGGACGACGGCGAUCCGCCCGUCCAGCAGACGCCCGACGGCUUCCUCAACUUCACGGAAAUCAGGCGGGAGCACAGCGGCUGGUACAAGUGCAUAGCGAGGCACAUGCUGAACAGGUUCAGCAGCAUCGGCUAUUUUCUAAACGUCCAUGAUGUGGAAGUGACUCAAGAACCGGACUUCGAUGUAGGGGAACUGAGUUCAACAGGGCGACAAGUAGAAGUGUCACUAGGAGGAGCUGUUCAGUUGCAUUGCCCACCAGGAACGACAGGAUGUUGGACCAGGGUGGAGUCUGGCACUGGUCGUUUGGAGCCCAUUGGUGCUUCACAGGAACUCAGAUUGGACAACGUACUCUAUCAAGAGGGCGGAGAAUACCGAUGUGUAGCUCCGUCCAAAGAGACCAUAAAGAGACUAGAUUCGAUAAGAAAUGCCUUCAAGUCAGUCCAAUUAGUCGUCACUGGCAGGCCAACUGUUACCCCCACAAACAAAAGCAUAACAGCGGUCUACGGUCAACCUUUGACAUUGACAAUGGAGUUCUGCGCCAAUCCACCUCACAAUAAAGUGCUAUGGAUAGCGAAAAACAGAAAAGUCUACAAACCGGGCGACGCGGAUAAAACAGUCAUUGCCUACGGCAUUACAAAUUCUACAAGUCCGUAUUGUUAUCAAGCGGUGUUAUUUCUCACAAAAGUAACUACAAUAGACACGGGGGAAUACAAUUUCCUCGUCCGAUCCCCUAACGGCCUAGCAGAAGGGAAUUUUUUCGUCAAUAUGACUUACGCCAGCGGCUACAACGUGCCCCAGUACGAAGAAGUUGAGUCCUCGGGAGCUCGCAAUUUACUAUUACAAACAAUUUACAUAAAUGUGAUUCUUUCAUUAUUAAUUACUUGUUAGUUACCUAUGUUGACUGAUUAGGUUUUAUGGAGAUAUUCACCACAUACAUUAGAAAUUAAUAUAAAGUCCCAUAAAGUCGUUCACGUACAGUAUUAUAAGAACGAUCACAAAAGAAAAGGAUUAGAGAAAAAUGUUUUGUGACCGUUCCCCCAACUGAAAUUUAUAAGAAUUUAUAUAAAACUAAUUUUUUAAUGUAUAGUUUUCUAUAUUGUUUUGCAAAAGAUGUAUAAAUUUGUUAAUAG